CCGCGCCGACAACUUAUCCUCCCCAUUGAGCCCUCGUGCUCAGUCUCCCAUUGCGCGACUCAAGUCGGUCUUUCUCAAAGAAUAAACAAGUCUCCAGUGGUCGCGCCUUCCAUCGCAACAUGUCUACGACUCCGCGAGCAAGAAUGCCUCGUACGGCGACGGCUUUUGGCACCGUCAUCGAGUACAUUCAAGAUCGUCUCUAUCUCGCCUCGUACACUUCCCCGCCUACUCCAGAUACUCCUUUCCCCUACCCGAAGCAAAACCAGUCGCCGUCCAAGCGCUCCUCGAAAGCUCAGUCGGGUUCCGUCGCCAAAGGACCCAAGGUGCACCCGCCAGUAUACUUCACCAUCGACAAAACUCUGCUGUACAACGCUUUUCACGCAGACUUCGGCCCGCUACACAUCGGCCACCUCUACCGCUUUGCUGUACAACUACAUGAGGUCCUAGGCGAUCCUGAAAAUGCGGAUCGCGGAGUGGUGUUUUGGAGUAGCGCUGAUUCAAGGAGUCGAGCAAAUGCGGCUUGUAUACUCGCUUGCUACAUGGUUCUGAUUCAAUCGUGGCCGCCACAUCUAGCACUUGCGCCUAUCGCGCAGAUGGACCCACCCUGCAUGCCCUUCCGAGACGCAGGCUACAGCCAAGCAGACUACGUAUUGAACAUCCAAGACGUCAUCUACGGCGUGUGGAAGGCUAAGGAGGAGGGUCUAUGUGGGCUGAAGGACUUUUGCUUGGAAGAGUAUGAGAAGUUCGAGCGAGUUGACAUGGGAGACUUCAAUUGGGUAACUCCUGACUUCCUUGCAUUUGCCUCCCCUCAAGUGCCGAUCACUCACGAGGUUGCGCCAACAUCGCCUACGUACGCUUCGAUACCAUCUACGAUUGGUGAAGUGCAGCGCUCGACACUCCCUGGACCUUUCAAGAACGUGCUCUCGCAUUUUAGUUCGAGAAAUAUUGGUCUGGUGGUACGCUUGAACUCAGAGCUUUACUCUUCCACAUACUUCACGAAGCUCGGCAUCCAACAUCUCAACAUGAUCUUUGACGAUGGGACAUGUCCGCCCCUGUCGCUUGUCCGCAAGUUCAUCAACUUGGCCCAUGACAUGAUCACAGUACAAAAGAAGGGUAUCGCUGUGCAUUGCAAGGCCGGUCUUGGACGAACGGGUUGUCUCAUCGGAGCAUACCUCAUCUACAAGCACGCCUUCACCGCCAACGAGAUAAUUGCGUACAUGCGCUUCAUGCGACCUGGAAUGGUAGUCGGUCCCCAACAGCAUUGGCUACACCUCAAUCAAGCCACUUUCCGUGAGUGGUGGCACGAGGACACAAUGAAGGCCAAGUUUGCGGAGAUGAUGCCUUCCACACCGACCAGGACACCGCACAAGCAACGCUAUGCUAGCAACGGACAGACAUACACUCCUCCAAAUGGCUCGCAGAAGCGCGCUGCCCUGGGCGAGAUUGAAUCCAAUGGGCAGGGUAAUGUCGGUAAUUCAAUCGGAGUACAGGAAGACAAUCUUCCUGUCCCCACGCCCGGUCAACCCAGAAAGACUAGCAAGCUUUAUGGAAACGGCACGAGCAUGCGGUCACCGCUCCGAAACCACGAGAACGAGCCCUUUACGAAGUCUGAGCAUAAAGCAGAGGUGACGAAGUUUGACAAUGAGACUGACGAAGAGUACCAUCUUCGCCAAAUCGCCCGCAGAACCACAUCACGAUCGCCCAUGUCUAAGGCAGACAAGGAUCGACGAGCCAUCAGCAUGACCACAACCAAGACAUCGAUGACGUCCACCGUAUGGAAAUACAGUGGAGAGAGCGACACAGAGAACACGGCCCCGACCGGAGCUCGGCCAAAGACCCCCAGUGGUAAGGACAAGAGCGGAAACGGCAGUGGAAUCGGCGGCAUCAGCGUCGGCAAAGUGCGAGGCAGCCCGACGCGACGAGCCACGGAGAGCAAGGCUGGAGUCCGAAAAACAAGUGGCCGCGUCGGCAGUGUGGGUAGCACCACCACCCGUUCCAAACCGUCAUCAUAA